AAAGGAAGAAGAAGGACAUCCGGGGCGGGGCUUGUGUAAAUGGGUGAAAGGUGAACGUGAAGCUGACUGCCUGCCGCUUUGACCGCACCUGUCCGCGCACACCUGAGGCACCAUGCUGCAGAACACGGGGAAGCUAGCUGGCUGCACGCUCUUCAUCACGGGCGCGAGCCGUGGAAUUGGAAAAGCUAUUGCUUUGAAAGCUGCCAGAGACGGCGCCAAUGUCGUGAUUGCUGCAAAGACAGCCGAACAGCACCCAAAGCUGCCGGGCACCAUCUACACCGCUGCUGAGGAAGUGGAGGCAGCGGGGGGGAAGGCGCUACCAUGCAUCGUUGACAUCAGAGAUGAGCAGCAAAUUGGAACAGCUGUUCAGAAAGCCAUCGACACCUUUGGAGGUAUUGACAUCCUGGUGAACAACGCCAGCGCCAUCAGCCUGACGGGAACUCUGGAGACCCCAAUGAAAAAGGUUGACCUGAUGCUUGGGAUCAACCUGAGAGGAACAUACCUGACGUCCAAGCUGAUCAUCCCUCACCUGCUGAAGAGUCGCUGUCCUCACAUCCUGAACCUGUCCCCGCCUCUCAACCUCAACCCUGUCUGGUUCAAGAACCACACAGCUUACACGAUGGCUAAGUACGGCAUGUCCAUGUGCGUCCUGGGAAUGGCGGAAGAGUUUCGGGGUCAGCUUGCUGUAAACGCUCUUUGGCCCAAAACAGCAAUCCAGACAGCCGCCAUGGACAUGCUGGGUGGAGAAGGCGUGGCCAAACAGUGCCGCAAAGCUGACAUCAUGGCGGACGCCGCCUAUGCCAUCCUGUCCAAACCGAAGGAAUACACGGGUCACUUCCUGGUGGACGAGGACGUCCUCCGAGAGCAGGGAGUCCAGGACUUUGAGGCGUACGCUGUCCAGCCUGGUCACCCUCUACUGCCAGACUUUUUCCUGGACGAAACCCCGGACGUGUUGGUCCAGCAGAUGGAGCAGCACGGGGCAACCCCAGCCUUCAAACCUCCACCAUUGUCGACAGCCCCGCCCCCCUCCGAUGGACCAAUAGAAAGCACCUUCAAUGCCAUCAGAGGCGUUCUCAGCGAGGACGUCGUCAAAUCGACGCAGGGCGUCUACAGGUUUGAUCUGUCAGGGGAGCAUGCCGGCGUCUGGUUUCUGGAUCUGAAGAGUGGCUCUGGCAGUGCGGGGAAAGGCGACCCGUCGCUUAAAGCGGACGUUGUCAUGAAGAUGGAUUCUGGGGACUUCAAUAAAAUGUUUGCAGGGAAGCUGAAGCCCACUCUGGCCUUUAUGUCUGGAAAACUGCAAAUCAAAGGUGACAUGACCCUUGCAAUCAAACUGGAGAAACUGAUGAGCCGCAUGAACAAGGCCAAACUGUGAGCUGGUGUCCACGGCACGAGGCCAUGGCCGCGCUCUGACGACGCAACCGUUUCAACCGCACACGUUGCCUUAAUUGCAGCAACAGUCAGACAGGAAUCCUUGAUAACCGCUGCUGUCCAGGUAACUUGACUUAGCUCUGAGCCGAUCAGUGGGGGACGGCCGGACCUGGAGCCGUCUGGAGCCUUUGGUUGGAACACUUAGCAGUUUAACAAAUGACCCCUGUAUCACCAUGGUAACCCUCAAUAAAAUGGUUGGUUUGAUGUGA